GGCAUGGAAGAAGCAGCAGAAGGUAUUUGGGGAAGAUUUUUAGAGGCAGAAAAUGCUGCUGAGGUGCUCCAGGGGAUUUCAAAGGAUUUAUUAGGAAGACUGCAGCUUCUGAAUUUCAAUCUGAAUGGUUCAUUUAACCGUGAAAGCGAGUUAAAAUCAAAACUUCAAGAUUGUUUAGUAGAGCUUCAAGCAAAAGAUGCUGCUUUACAGAAGCUCGAGCAUAUCAGUGCCGAAACCAUUACUAAAGAUGCUGAGAUAUUAACUUUGAGAGAAAAGGUGAUGUUUCUUGAGAAACGGCAGAAAGAAUCUGAGCUCCAGCUGAAGAAUGCAAAUGCAACAAAUGAAUCAAGUCUAGAGAAACUUAGAGAAAAGGAGACUUUGAUCGAGUCUAUGAGAGAAAGAAUCUACAGGGAAGAAGUUAAAGCGGAGAGUGCAGUACUUAAGGUUGCAGAAUUAACCGGGACAAAUGUGGAACUCACAGAAGAGAUGAGUUUUCUCAAAGGAAGUGUUAGUGACACGGAAAAGAAAGUUGGGAUUCUCGAGAAGCAGUUAAGGGACGUAGAGAUCCAAUUACAGAAUGCAAAAGCCUCUUCUGAAGCAAGUCAAGAGCAGCAGAAUAUGUUGUAUUCUGCAAUUUGGGAUAUGGAAACUUUGAUUGAAGAAUUAAAAUCAAAGGUGUCCAAAGCUGAAAAUAAGACAGAAGCUGCUGAGGAACAAUGCAUAAUGUUAUCUGAAAGUAACAUAGAGCUAAAUGCAGAAAUAACUGAUCUAAGGGCUAGAGUCGAAUAUUUGCAAUCUUCUUUGGAUCGAGCUAACAAUGCAAAACUUGCAAGUGCAAAGGAAAUCAAUACCAGAAUCAAGUUCAUUAUGGAUAUGGCAAUGCAACUAGCCAUAGAGAGGGAGCGCAUCCAAAAACAGUUAAAUGGCCUAACCAUGGAGAAAAAACUUCUGGUAGAGAAGUUAUGGGAUGCAAAAAACAUAACGUCUGUAACUGGUUGCAACAAUGAAGACGGUGACAGCAAAGAGCUUCCAUUUUUAAAUAAUGGUGUCUUCAAUGCUACUUCUAUAAAAACAUCAGUGGAAGCAGUGACAGAGUCCCUAGAUAAAAGUUCUCAGGUGGAUGAACAGUCACAACAGGAACCUGAGUGUGGUACUGAAGGGGCUUCCAGUUCUAUGGAUGAUGCUGCUGUCAUUGGUUUAGAUGUUGACACUGCUGGAGAUGCCAGGCGCUGCUUGAACCUAAAGUGUGUUUUCAAAGUAAUUUUUGUCUCACUAUGUUUAAUCUCAGCCCUAUAUUUACUUGACCAGAAACCUUUUAUCCUUGACGAGCUUUGACGGAUUUAUGUUGGUGAUGUAUUGUGCAAUGCUAAUUCUUUCUGAAGCACUCUCGAAGCUAGGGUGUCUUCUUACUAGGUUUUAAUGUUCUAUAGGUUCUGCAGGAUGAAAUGUAAGUACAAAGGGAGUGAUGUAUUCAUUGUUGUAUAUAUGAUAUGGAUAAGGCUUUUCUGUUGAGGAACCCAGU